GCUGUUCGACCCGCACAUCCCCCGGCGUCAUCGUCGUAGAACGUGUAAUGUCACGUAUAUAUGUAUGUAUGGUGACGCCGCAUUGCCGGAUCACGUCAGACUUGUAUGGUAUGUCUGUUUGUGUCGUAGUCUGUACGUUGGGAGUAAGGGUCAAGGUCGUUGUGUAUUGGAGUAGGGAAUGUAUAAGUGGACGGCCCUGAUAGGUCGGGGGAAAGAGGUCAGCUGACUCUCGACAAAUUCGCCAUAACGUCUGACAGACAGGCGAGAUCUGUGUUCUUUCGGGGUCUGGUAUGGUGUUUUGUUGUGUCUGUGUCUAUGUAUUUUGUGUCUGUGUGCAUCUCGGAGACAGCGAAAGGGGCGAAGGGGGAUUUGUGUGGUGUCGCUGUGUUACGCCCUUCUCUCUUCUUCUUCUCGGUAUACUCCGCCGGCUCCGACUAGCGGUUUGUUUGUCGAGUGCUGUUUGCUUGUGUGAAAGGCAUGGUUGGGUGGUUUUACGCGAAAUCUAGGUUUGUGGGGGUGGGUACGAGAAGGAAUAUUAUGUCAGGUCACUUUAAAACAUCGUCGGUAGGGCAAGAAAGGGGGAAGACGGGAUAAUUUGUCUAUGUCUUGUUUUGUCUUGUCUCGCCUUGUACUUGUCUGUCUCUGGGGAUUUCGCCUGCCUCACGCCAGGUCAGGCCCCGAGACAUACUCGUCUAAUUGAUUAUUUCCUCACGACUGACAGGUCUACGAGAGGAAGAAUCUUCCGGGGGUAAGACAGAAGCACAUAGCUAUCUAGAUCACCUCUUAACCUUAGUGGGCAAUGUCAGCCAGUUGGAGUGUGAGAAUAGGGGAUAAGAAGUAAGCGAUAUCUGUUCCCAUG